GGGCCACGAAACCCUAGCUUGCUCCAUCCACGCAAGCUAGCUUGACCCACCCCACUUUUCCACCCACGUGGAUUGGAUUAUGGAACCCUAGCAAGCAUCCCUUCCCGCCAAGCGAACCAACGAGCAGCACAUUAGAGCAGGAUGCGAACAAGGAAAUUCCAUGGCGCUUAAUCUGGGCGCGAAGCCGCGUAGGCUACAUCUGUAACUCCUCCCCCGGAGUCGUUUGUUAGUUCUUUCGUUCGUUUGUUCUUUCGUUUGGUUACACGCACGCGUAGAAGCCUCUUCCCGCAAUCAGAUCCGCCGUCCCACUGCUCGUGCUCCAAGCCCGACGGCUUGCCGUCUUCUUUCUCGGAGCUCAUUUGCUAUCUUCUAGUCCAUCCUUGCUGCUGACGCUGUUCACCGAACUUCACGCAGACUUCUCCCCACUCUCCUCCCGCACUCCACCCCACACACCUCCCCCUCUCCUCCCCUCCGCGCGCCAUGUGCAUGGAUACCCUAACGCGCGAACCCUCUCCACCCUCACAAUCCCUCACCGCCCGCCGAUUCAUUGUCUCCACCAAGCGCCGCCACAACCAGCCAGCAGCAGCAGGGGUAGCCGCCGCCGCCGCCGUUGCCGCCGCCGUCGCCAGCGGCCCUGCAGGCGCCGCAGUCCCUGCCGCUGUUUCCGCCGCGUGUCUUACGGCGGACGACGCCGCGCAGCCUUCGCCCGCGGGGCUGCUGGGAGCGCGCGGGAGGGAUGGCGCAGCGUGGGAUGUUGCGGCGGGGGCGGAGCGGAGAGAGCGCAGCGCGGCGGAGCAGCAGUCGGAGCUGUGCCAGUCGCGCGGAACUAACGGCGGAAGGAGCGGCGGAACGAGUUGCGGAAGAAACGGUGAUUGGGGCGCGGGAGUCGCGCGGCGGGACGUGGGGCCGGUGCGGGUUCCGCGAUGCGAGAAUGAGGGCGCGCGGCGGAAGCGGAAGAGUAUGUACCAAUCGGUGCUGACGUCAGCAGUCGUUCGGGAUGACUCUGCGUGUCUGACGUCAGCAACGCCACCGCCGCCAGCAUUCCUUUCCCCUUCCGCCCUCCCAUCCGCUCCUCCCCGCUCCCGUCCUCACCCCUCCCCUCCUCCCCGCUCCCCUCCUCAUCGCUCCCCUCCUCACCGCUCCCCCCCUCACCCCUCCGCGCCCCCUCCACCCUCCGCUCCGCAUGCGCGCGCGGACUGUGCGUCCACUGCCGUCGCUUUCCGCCGGUCCCUCACUGCCGCAUCGGCGCUUCCCUGCGCGUCGCUCUCGCUACAGUCACCCCCGCAAGGCUCCCCCGAGCCCCCGUCAAGCCCCACACGCCCGCGCGCGGGUGCGUCGUUCUCGUCCGCGGACUUAAGCCUUCAACAGCGCUCGCGAGCCCUCUCCGCCGUUCUCGCGCUUCUUCCGCCGCCGCCUCUUGCGCCACGUCUUGCGCCGAUUCCGCCGUUCCCCUUUCCGGCGCAGCAUCUCCAGCCGCCCUCCGCGGUAGGCAUGUUCGAAAACCAGCGCAUAUCCCCCCUGGCGCACCACAUAGCGCAGCAAGUGCCCCAGCCCUUCCACCAGAACCCUUUCCGCCGAACUUCAACUCUCCCCUCGUUCUGGGACGUCCCUCCAUUUUCCAAGCGCCAGCGCUUGGGGGUGGCGGAGAGGGAAGGGGAAGGGGAAGGGGAGGCGGAGGGAGAGGAGGCUAAGGAAGAGGAGGAGGGGGGGAAGGAGGAGGAGCGGAUGGAAGGUUGGGGUGAUGGAGUUGGGGCUCCCUUGCUUGCGCCUUCAAAUGCUGAUUCUCGCUCUGCAGCGCCAGCGACAAUGGCAGCAGCAGCAGCAGCAGCAGUUUCUCCGGAGGGUGGUGUGGCGAUGACAGGCGUGGUGAGUGGCAGCCGCAGAUACCGCAGUCGCUGCAGCAGCAGCAGCAGCAGCAGGCGAAUGAGGAGUGCCGUGGGCAGCUCGUGCAGCGGCGGCGGUGGGGGCGCCGAGCCAGCAGCAGAGACAACUGCUUAUGGCGCGUCAGCAGCUGCAGCAGCAGACGCGCCUGCAUCAACGGCAGGGGAACGUACAGCAACAGCAGCAGCAAUAGUGGUGGCGGCAGCGACAGUACCAGCGUGGAACCGAGCAGCAGCAGCAGCAGCAGCAGCAGCAGCAGCAGCAGCAGCAGCAGCAGCAGCAGCAGCAGCAGCAGCAGCAGCAGCAGCAGCGGCAGCAGCAGCAGCAGCAGCAGGAGCGGAGAGCACGUGUGGGUCGUGCUGUGGCCGAUCCUGCAGUGUCUGCACGGGCAGCUGUGGCGGCGGCAGUGGGCGGAGAGGCUCAAAUGAAAGACGAGGAAGGAUAGAUGCGCCAAGCGAGGGGGAUAGCCUGAGUGGCCAUGGUAGCAGGCAGGGGCGUGCAGCAGCAGGGGAAGGGGUAAGAGGAGGUGAAGGGAGAGGCAGGCCUGCAGCAGCAGGUGAAGCGGCAGGUGGGAGGGUCGGUGCUGGCAAGGUCCACCUGCACUCCUCCUUGCUCUUUCCGCCCCACCUUGCCGCCUCGCCACCCCAUCCUGCUGCCGUGGCUGCUGCGGCGGUAGCAGCAGCACCAGCGGAUUCCGUGGAGGGGGUGGGUUGCUGUGUGAGCGUGGGGCAAGGGAGAUGUGGGGGAGCGAGUGCAGGUGGGGCUUCUGGAGCAGCAGUGCGUGAAGGCGACGAUGGUGGCGACGGCUGGUCGGGAAGGGAUGGGUGCGACAUCCAUGGGCAUGGGCAUGGGCAUGGGGUUGAUGAGGGAAACUCCGGUCCUGCAGUGGCUCUUGAGGCUCGGGGAAGUGAGCAGUUAGCAGUGAAGCGAGCGAGGAGGAGAGAGGUGGAGAAGAUGCUGUUUAUGGAGGAGGAACAAGCGCUAAAGCUGCUGCAAGAGCACCACCGCAGUCUGCAGCAGCAGCAGCAGCAGCAGCAGCAGCAGCAGCAGCAAUGUCAUUUCAAGUGCAAAAUAUUGUUCCCACGUUGGCAGCAAUUCAAAGGAGGAGCGGAGGAGGAGGAGGAGGAGGAUGAAGAGGAGGGUGGGGAUGACGACAAGUCUAUGGAUGACCCUCGGGAAUCUCCCAAGUUUGUUCUCUCUUCGGGGCGAUCUCUCUCCUCAGACUGUCUGAUCCGAGCAGCCAAGCCGUUGACCAUUGAUGGUGAGUUUGAGCAAUUCUUCUCCCAGCUGCUGCUCUGAUUCCCAGUCCUCCGAUCCCUGCUGCUGCUCUGAUCCCCACUGCGUCUGCUGCUCUGCCUCUGCUGCUCUGCUCCUCCUCCUACGGCUACUAUGGUUUAAGUGACUGAGCUGGUUACAAGUCGCAGUUGCGGCAGGGUAUGAGUGAAUGUACGAUAGGCACCCUACACCACUGCUGAAAGGACAACGUUCUUGAAGAGGUGUAGCGUUGGCACGCGUGUAGUGUGUGUGUGGUGUGUUGUGUGCACGUGCAAGGAGUGUUACAUUUCUUGCUUUCUGAUUGCAGUUUUGUAUAUAGGUUUUUGUAUACAUUGUCAAUUUUCGGAAAAUUCA